UUGUUUACUUAUUUAUUAUUAUUUUUCAUUUUUCAAUUUUUUGUGUCUCUUCUCCAUAUUCUUUCCCUCACUUUCUUGCGUUUUCCUUUGGUUUCUCUCUAGGGUUUGAGAUCUGAAAAAUGCAGAGGCCGACGACGCGGUUGAUGGAGAGGUCGAAUACGAUGAAUAGAGGGAAGCGGACUUUGGAGGGGGAGGAGGAGGAGGAGCAGCCGGAGCGGAAGCGGCCGGCUCUCGCAAGUGUAAUAGUGGAAGCUCUCAAGGUGGAUAGUCUGCAGAAACUUUGCUCAUCCUUGGAACCUAUUCUUCGUAGAGUUGUCAGUGAAGAAGUGGAGCGUGCUUUGGCAAAAUUAGGCCCUGCCAGGCUCAAUGGGAGGUCUUCCCCUAAACGAAUUGAAGGACCUGAUGGAAGAAACUUGCAGUUGCAGUUUAGGUCCAGGCUGUCUCUUCCCCUUUUUACAGGAGGAAAAGUAGAGGGGGAGCAGGGUGCUGCAAUCCAUAUUGUCCUGGUGGAUGCCAACAGCGGCAGUGUUGUAACUUCUGGACCUGAAUCCUCUGUAAAACUGGAUGUUGUUGUCCUUGAAGGUGAUUUCAAUAAUGAAGAUGAAGAGGGCUGGACUCAGGAAGAAUUUGACAGUCAUGUGGUUAAAGAGCGUGAAGGAAAGAGACCACUUUUAACUGGGGACUUGCAAGUAACACUCAAAGAAGGUGUUGGAACACUAGGAGACCUCACAUUUACAGAUAAUUCUAGUUGGAUACGGAGCAGGAAGUUUAGGCUUGGGCUGAAGGUUGCCUUGGGAUUUUGUGAAGGCAUACACAUACGUGAAGCCAAAACAGAAGCUUUCACUGUUAAAGAUCACAGGGGGGAAUUGUAUAAGAAACACUAUCCACCUGCAUUAACUGAUGACGUGUGGAGAUUGGAGAAGAUUGGCAAGGAUGGUUCAUUCCACAAGAGGCUAAAUAAUUCCCACAUUUACACAGUGGAAGAUUUCCUCCGGCUUGUGGUUAGAGACUCCCAAAAAUUGCGGAGUAUCCUGGGAAGUGGCAUGUCAAAUAAGAUGUGGGAGGCUCUUAUAGAGCAUGCAAAGACUUGCACCAUGAGUGGAAAGUUCUAUGUUUAUUAUCCUGAUGAUACAAGAAAUGUUGGUGUUAUUUUUAACAACAUCUAUGAGCUGAGUGGUCUUAUUGCUGGGGAGCAGUAUUUCUCUGCUGAUUCUCUUUCUGAGAGCCAGAAGGUCUAUGUCGAUAACUUGGUUAAGAAAGCAUACGAAAACUGGAAUCAAGUUGAAGAGUAUGAUGGCAAGUCUUUGAGCUUCAAGCAAAUUAUCAGGUCGAGUACAUCGCGAAAUGAACAUAUGAUAGGCUCCAUGGAUUAUCCUACUGCUUUAGAGCCUCCGCUACCUCUUCCACGUCCGCCAGUUGCAGGUCCUUCUGAGCAGUCCUUGAUGGAUCCAGGCAUGUCAGUUGGAGGUUCAGGGUACAAUGAUGGUCUUGCAACCAGAUACACGGCUCAGCCCCAGCUUGUAAAUUCCAGUUCCCGUGCCCAGUUUGAUGGCCCUUCAUUCCCUUCACAUGACCAGCUGGUCAACAAUUCUCACCAAAUCCAAAGCACUAGGAACGAUAGCAGUGUUGGUUUGGCCCUUGGUCCACCACAGUCAUCUACAAUGGGGUUCCAGGCUCUCAACUCAUCUAUUCAGCACUCCAAUCUUAACCCUUUUAGUGACUUGUUGAAUAACCGAGACAAGGGAGUUGAUGACUAUUUCACGGAGGAAGAGAUUCGGCUUAGAAGUCAUGAGAUGCUUGAGAGUGAUGAUAUGCAGCACUUGCUCCGAGUCUUCAGCAUGGGAGGCCAUAUUAUUCCCGAUGAUGGGUAUGGUUUCCCACCAUACAUGGCAUCACCUUCAAACUGUCUCUAUGAGGAGGAUCGAAGCCGUCCUGGAAAAGCUGUUGUCGGUUGGCUGAAGAUCAAGGCAGCAAUGAGGUGGGGCUUCUUUAUCAGGAAGAAAGCAGCAGAGAAGCGGGCACAGCUUGUUGAGUUAGAAGAUGAUUAGAAAUUUUUGUGAGGAUGCUCGUGGACUUAUCCUGUGAAGCCUUUCUUCCCACGUUAUUUCUAUCAUAUCAAUUAUUGGGACUCUUCAACAGUGCUGACAACAACUCGAGGUUGGUUUCAGAAGUCUUGAGUUGUUUCUAAGAUUCGUGUCAGGUAUCUAGGAAUCUCUUCUUGUACAGCUGCCUGUACAGUAAGUUAUUGUGUUCAACACCCUAAUUAUUACUUCCCUCUGGUUUCACUCAUCACAUUGCCUCUGGUUUGUGAAUGAUAUGAUAUAUGCAUUUGAGAUUUCUGAAGGGUAGUUGUGCUGUUCAAUUAACAACCCUUUCCAUGUUGGAGACAACAUCUAGGGAACUUGUGAAUUCUAGGUGAUGUCAACUGAAGUCUGGUUUUGAAAUUCUGUAUGGUAUAAGAAUGAUGGGUAGUUUUUCUUAAUCUUAUCAUGCUAGCCUAUUUUUCCGUGCAUUGAACA